CCCACCCACACACACACACACACACACACACACUCACACUCAACACAGUGAACGCAGAGCAGAGGAGCUCUCAUCCUGAUCGGUACCAGACGGACGGUCGGCUUUAUUGCUUUUGUGCGAGUUUUACUACGUUUUAGUUUCGUUUUUUUUUAACGAAGAAUAGUUAAUACUUCACUUUGAUACACUUUAGUGUCAAGUUUGAUAUUUUCUUUCCAAGAUUGUGUGAUUUUUCAAGCCUAUUUGUUUGGAAUAUAUUUGGGGAUUAAAGGUGGAUACUUCACGACGCGCAGAAGUCAUCUUGAAAGAAAUCGCGCAGGAUUGUUUCUUUUCGACGCAACUUGUCAGUGCGACUUCGUCUGGGGUGUUUUUUUUUUUUUUACUUGAAUGGUCCCAGAAAUGGUGGGGCACCUACAUUUACAAGCGAUGGAUGAUAGCCUGAAAGGAAAGAACCGGGAAGGGCUGCUCGACAGUCCGGAUUCGGGGUUGCCCCCCAGUCCCAGUCCGCCCUUCUGCUCAAUCUCCCCGGGUCUCAUCGAGUCGCGCUCCGGCAGCUGCACGACGCCCGUGGAAAGCCAUCAUGGAUAUUAUAAAAAGGAGAGUAAAGAAGGCAAACUGCUGCCCUACCUGCUGCUAAACUCCACGAGCACAGACCCAAAGACUCGCAUGUACCCUGUGUUCUUCGGAGAAAGCAUCGAGGUCAACCCCAAACCAGAGCAGGAGAUCAAGUGCAACUCCGAGGUCAAGUACGACUCAGACAAGCAUUACCGGGACCAGGUGUACUGCGCCCCCGUUCCCACGGCCACCUCCUUCAGCGAGACAGUGGUGGCGGUGCACAACUGCACUUGGAAGAGCUACAAGUCCCAGGUGUACCUGGAGCCACGGCUGAAACCCAUCAGCUACCAGAGCACCACCAUUAUCUACCCAAAACACGCCAAGAACUCUUACCGCACCACGCUCAACUACAACCCCACGGGCUCCCGCCGCUGGUUUGUCUCCACGGUGCAGCUGGAGUCGAGUGAGGAUACUAGUCCCUGUAUCAUCUACACAGAGGACCUGUAGGGCCCAGACCGCACUGGGAGAGGGCUACCUGGUGAUCAUCUUAUUUUUUUUGGAAGGGACGAGGAACUUGGGACCGGAAAUACUUCAAAUAAUACCCGAAGCCCCUGAAAACCCUACUUUGUACUCGCCAUGGAGGAAACUCUGGGAACCCUUUAGUGACAUUUCACCUAAGUGUAUUUAGACUUUCUACUGAUGCAGUCUUUAAAAAAGGGAGUCUGUCCUCUGGCAGUUUGAAGCUGCACUUCAAUGGUUGAUGUCUUAUUUAAUACAAGAGCUGACAAAUUGGUGGCCUUUGCUCUUUCAGGUUGGAUUAUAAGCUCAGUGAAGGUAACAGACUGUAGACGUCUGUGUAUGUAGAGAAAAGUCAAGAUGACAUGUGUGGUGGAUUUCAGCCGAGCCUGCGCAAACCCGGUCACACCAAUGCAAAGCUUUCUAAUAUGGCUUUAUUGCACUUGUUUUCUAUAUAUCACAGUCCUCCCAGUGGAUUUGGGAUUGGAGGGGGGGUUUCAGCACUGCAUAUGAGAAAUUGGACCAAAGAUAGUUUAUCUCUUUGUAAUAACUGCUCACACUGCGACAGUUUAUCUCUUUGUAAUAACUGCUCACACUGCGACAGUUUAUCUCUUUGUAAUAACUGCUCACACUGCGAUAGUUUAUCUCUUUGUAAUAACUGCUCACACUGCGACAGUUUAUCUCUUUGUAAUAACUGCUCACACUGCGAUAGAACACUUGCUUUUGUUGUACAGUUUCAAUUAACACACGUUCAAACAGCAGCUUGUCUAGUUUGAUCAAGCAUUUAAUUAAACUCAACUGCACGUUGCAAAGUGUCCUGUUUAUUCACCAGAGCGGUCUCUAGACUAAGUCUAAUGAAAAGAAGGAUCACAGGACAAUAGCAACUGAUUGCCUUUAGAAUAUUUGAAAAAUGGAAGAUAUUUAAAGCCUUUGAACACUUGGUUUUAAAUCUUAAGUUCUUUGCAACAUUAAAUAUUCAGCCGUCUUGGAUCCCUGUGGUUAUGGUUUAAAGACCUGUUAAACCUAAUGUCUGUUAAAACUUCCUUUGAAUACCUUGGUUGAGAUAGUGUCAGAGUGAAGGGUGUUUUGGUAAACAGGUUCUUGUUAGCUUGUUUGGCUGCAGAGCAACAAUAAAUGAAGUCUGGGGAAAAAAACAUCUUUAUUUAUUAAGAGUUCAAACUGUGCUUCAUCCGGACCACACAUCAUCUAUAGUUACAAGAUGAUUGAGAACAUACAUGUAUGUUUUCAGGGCCUUUAAGAAUGCUGGUAAUCAUUGUACGGUUUGCUUUUUUCAUAACUGUUUUGAACCUGCUUUGGUGUCAGAUGGUUGUCACACAAGUGCCAAACAAAUUAGACAAUCACGGGAAGUGUUUGACAAUUUGAAACACUUCUUUGUCAGAACUCUUGGUACUGAACAAAGUGUACUUAUCUCACUCGUCUACUUCUGCAUGAGAGUCAAACACAAAAACAAGAACUAUUUCUAACUGCAAUUAUGUGGAUCGUUUAAGUGCUUCUGAGAAUCUGCGUUUCAACUGCCUCUCAAAAUAAAGCUGAAACUGUUCUGGAUCAGGUGUCUCCAGCUAUUCGUAAAUCCAUCAGUCUGUGCAUGAAGUAACUAGUUGUUUGUUUCAAACCAGUGAAUUACCUAAUCAUGUCGUACCAUUCAAAUUUAGGGAAUGUUUUAGCCAGUAAAAUUUGCUAGAAAAAAUUUGCUAGAAAAAAUCUGCGUCACCUUAGCCUCACAAAAUGAUACAACAAUACAUUAAUCUUAACUAGUAAGCUUUUGUAAAUGUAGAUAAAAUGUGUUUUUUAGAGUUAGUAUUAAUGCUAAACUAGCUAACGUUAUUCUGUCAUUUAGUCUGACAUUAUUACGUUAAGUCAUUUUAAUCAUUUUGUUACAUUAGUGAAAUUUGAUUCAAGAUCUAAUUUUGAUUUAAAAGUGUCAGGUCAGAUGUACUCUUCACUCUAAACCGGUCAUCUGUUAGCAAGCUAACGUUGCUUUGUCACUUGGUUCCGUUAGCUAACCUCAUGUAGUGUAGCUAAGUCGCUAACAGUUACUCUCUACAUAAGAACUACUUCGUGUGAUACAAUUUACAACUUAUUUUAGUGAACUGUAAAUCUCCACUUACAGUAGUAAACACUCACAGUAUAACUAUAUCAAUUGAAUUUACGAAUUGCUGGUGUUUCAUUUUGUUUUCAGCUAUAAACCAAUUGUCAAAAUGGGAAGUUUCUGGUCCGAGGUAACUGAAAAGCAUUAAACCACUCUGUAAUUACCAACAUGUAAAAAGUGGUGCAGUAAAAACCACAUCAGACAUCCCUGUUGAAGAUGUAAAAUAGAUUUUUAUUGAGCGUUUUCAUUACUUUUUUUUUUCCAUCUGUCUCUAUUUAGGUUAUUGAACAAGACAGAUAUUGAAAUUUCAGAAUUUACCUCAGACCUAAAUUUGCGGUCUUGUUAUUUUUAUAGUUUGAAAAACCCUCCAAGUAAGAUGAGGGUAGGAGAUACAAGCUUUAAUGAGGGAACAGUAAGUAGCAAUGCAAAGAGCCAGACAAGAAGAGGAAAAUAAGAUGAGGAACUUGUUUUGAAGAUGGCUUUUUAUACUGUACAGUAAAGUUCCAGGAAAGGUGAUGGAGAGUUUUGCUAUGUGUAGAUGGUCUGUGAAAUGUCAGAGAACGAUGAGAGAAAGUUGGUGGGUGUCACGUUUAAUAUGUUGGUGGUUUUAUGUGAAAUACAUUUGUGUUUCUAACACUUCAUUUUGUUACUGUAAAAUAUUUUCCUGUUGUAUAUGUGGCAUUGAGGCACGUCAUGAUUCUCUUUAUAUUUUUGUACAUCAAUCAUCGUUCUUGUUCUGAUCAAAGUAAAUAAUUUAAAAAGAUGUAUAUCCUAAAUUAAUAAAACAAAAAAGCAAUUCCCAAACCUUUACUCUGUUGUGUUGAGUAUUUGUUUCUUGAUCUUGAAACCAGGACAUUGUAUUUUCUUGCUUAGCACAGGUUCAGAGGAAGUUCUCCAGACACAGAGGUUCGGCUCCUGUGACUAAAUCCAAGCCAAAGUGAGGAUUUAUGAAAAUACAGACAUGAAAAUAAGUACACAAACGGUUCUUUCAAAUGCAACUGAAAUGGCAGCACUAAAUAUUGGCUCUCAGACUCUUGUUUCUUAGCAGUAAAUAAUUAAUUCAUGACUAUUUCUCUGUACUGAGCAGCACAG